UUUAAAUUGGCUUAGAUAUUAUAAAAUAUCAAAAUGAAAGUGUCUAUUUUCGGUGAACUAAACACAUUCGAGCUGUUUGUCCUGUGCACCUUGAUACCGGCUGUUUUCGUAUAUCUGUGGUCCUUAAUUUCGGGAGAUAUGAAGAACUUCAAGGCCAGCAAACUGGCCUACUCUGUUUACACGGCAAAGGAUCCAAUUAAUUGUUACCAGGAUUAUGUUGCGGAAAAACAAAAAGAUACUUAGACGAAUCUUUUUAGAUUGACUAUGCUGAAAUAUAAAAUUAACCGUGUAAAUAGCUUUUCAAUCCCAAUGUUAAAUAAUAAAGUGGUUCAUGUUGGAAGCCCCA